AUGUCUAUAUCCUCACGGCAUUCCACACUCGAUUCGUUUGUUCCAUUGACUACCAGGGGCAGUACUCGACGGGCUGAAACUGCCCGGCCUACGACCACAGCCACCAGUGUCGCCUCUCAGGACAUCGUCUGCGCUGUCAGUGAAUCGCGGGGAGUCUCAUCCACUGUUGGACUAGCAUUCGUGAAUCUAGCCACCGCCGAGGUUGUCUUAUGCCAGAUCUGUGACAGUCAAACCUACGUCAAAACCGUCACCAAGAUUGGCGUCUUCGAGCCGAGUGAGAUCCUGUUCAUGAAUACCGCCAUAGAGUCUAAACUGCGAUACAUCAUCGAAGAGAAUCUGUCCGAACCAAUCCUCACUUUUGUGGACCGCAGGUGCUGGUCUGAUAAGGCUGGCCAUGAGUACCUUGAUCGUCUUGCGUUCCCAGAUGAGGUGGAUUCCCUCAAGGUGACGCUGGGAGGCAACUAUUUCGCAGCGUGCGCUUUUGCGGCGGCUCUCAAGUAUAUCGAGUUGGAACUACAGCGUGUAUUUGCCUCUCACUCACUGCGGAUCAAAUUUGAACCCUCGCAGGGCUCAAUGACCAUCGACUUGGCCACCAUCGUCUCCCUUGAACUCAUUCAAAAUCUUCACAAUGCAAAGUCGAAAGAUAGCUUGUACGGUCUACUCAACGAGACGACAACGCCGAUGGGAGCCAGGUUACUCCGGGCCAACAUCCUUCAACCUUCAACCGAAAGAGUCAAGUUGACCGCGAGAUACAAUGCGGUAGAGGAUUUGUCUACAAAGGAAGACAUGCUCGUAUCGGUCCGGCAAUCUUUGAAAGGGUUCAUCGACGCGGACAAAGUCUUGACUUCGAUCAUUCUCGUGCCUACCAAGCGAACGGCCCAAUAUAUUGAGCAGUCAGUCAACCAUGUGAUUAUGCUCAAGACAUAUGUAUCGGCGAUCAAAAAGAUAUACCAAGCACUAGGUGCGGCGCAGAGCGAGAUUUUGACCACCAUUCGAGAGUUGUGUCAUCCUGCAGGACAUCGUGCUGUCGAGGAACUUAUCGAGAAGACGCUAAACGAGAAUGUCACAUACCAGAGCAAGCCACUGGACCUUCGGAACCAACGGAUAUAUUGCGUGAAGGCUGGCGUCAGUAGCCUUCUGGAUGUCGCGCGGCAAACCUACAAGGAGGCCAAUGCUGAUGCAGCAGAACUGGUAACGAAACUAGGAGAAACAUUUGAUAUCAGCUUGGAUCUCAAGUAUGACACAGCCCGCCAAUACUACAUCUGUAUCCCAACAGGCAAUCCAGAACCGUUGCCAGAUACCUUCAUUAAUGUUUACCGCAAGAAGAACCGGAUGGAGUGCCAAACUCUGGACUUGGUCAAGCUAAACCAGAAGAUCACCGACGCACAUAACGAAGUAAUCAGUAUGAGCGAUCAGACAGUUCAAGGACUCCUCCACGAUGUAUGUGCCGAGGUCGCAGGACUCUUCCGCAUCAGCGAGGCAAUCGCAAUGCUCGACAUGCUAGCAGCGUUUGCACAACUAGCAACAAGCCACGAUUAUAUACGCCCCGAGCUCACGCCCACUCUGGUCAUCAAGGCUGGCCGUCAUCCUAUCCGGGAACGCAUCCAUUCUAGCAAGUUCAUUCCAAAUGAUGCCUGUGCCACACCACAAAGUCGAUUCCAGAUCAUAACCGGAUGCAACAUGAGCGGCAAAUCCACAUACAUCCGAUCCCUCGCCUUGAUGACCGUAAUGGCACAGAUUGGCUGUUUCGUCCCCGCGCAGUACGCCUCGUUCCCGAUUGUGCACCAGCUAUUUGCACGUGUAGCCACCAGCGACGAUCUUGACGCCAAUGUCUCCACGUUCGCCGCCGAAAUGCGAGAGAUGGCAUUUAUUCUGCGACACGUCCAACCACGAGCAAUGGUUCUAGUCGACGAACUUGGACGCGGCACGAGUACGACUGACGGUCUUGCAAUCGCUGUCGCUCUAGCUGAGGCUCUUCUCGCCAGUAAUGCGCUGGUCUGGUUUGCCACGCAUUUUCAUGACCUAACGCGCAUCCUGUCAGAGCGGUGCGGUGUAAUAAACCUCCAUUUGGCAGCCGAUAUCACACCCUAUGCGAACAAGAUGACCAUGCUAUACCAGAUCGCUGAGGGACCCGUCCCGGACAGGCGAUAUGGUCUCGAGCUGGCGAAGCUAGUCGACCUCCCAUCGGCAGUUUUGGAGGUUGCCAGAACGGUCUCAGAGUCUAUGGACCAGCUCACUCAACGUCGAAAUAGCACAUCACGCGCUGUUGUUAUCGCUCGGAAGCGCAAACUGCUUCUUACUUUACGUGAAGAGCUCAUACUCGCUCGAAAUGGCACGAUGGAUGGCAUAUCACUUCGUCAACAUCUUGCCAAGCUCCAAGAUGACUUUGCAUUGCGCAUGGCUGCCAUCGACGAGGAAGCGGAUCAGGGAAGUGAUUCUGAUUCUGCGAUGUUGGAUGAACGAGAAAGAACCGGAGAUGAUUCUCAGGUUGCCUGCACUGCCCCUACUUCCCGCGCGGACCAAGCAUCUGAGGGCAAUUCGACUAGGGAUCUUCCUUCGGAUCCUGUACCGAUCGAUUCUGAUUCUGAGCCUGAAUCUACUGGACAUGACAGCGUUGUGUUGGUAUAA